UUUAUUUGCCUUGUCAUUUACUAGGUCACAUAUAUAAAGCUGCUAGAAGAGUGUCUCUGUCUUUUGGAGGAAUAUUUGAUCGGCGGAGAGAGGUCUUUCACGGCGUUGUUCCCUCCUUUGUGACGAAAAUGGGCGUUUUCAGGUUUCACCAGUACCAGGUUGUCGGAAGAGCUCUUCCGACAGAGAAGGAGCUUCACCCUAAGAUUUACAGGAUGAAGCUCUGGGCUACGAACGAGGUUCGUGCCAAGUCCAAGUUCUGGUACUUCUUGAGGAAGCUGAAGAAGGUUAAGAAGAGCAAUGGUCAGAUGCUAGCUAUCAACGAGAUCUUUGAGAAGAACCCAACAAAGAUCAAGAACUUUGGAAUCUGGCUAAGGUACCAGAGCCGUACAGGUUACCACAACAUGUACAAGGAGUUCCGUGACACGACAUUGAACGGAGCAGUGGAGCAAAUGUACACGGAGAUGGCAUCAAGACACAGAGUGAGGUUCCCAUGCAUCCAGAUCAUCAAGACGGCCACAGUCCCAGCCGCACUGUGCAAGAGAGAGAGCACCAAGCAGUUUCACAACAGCAAGAUCAAGUUCCCUCUGGUCUUCAGGAAGGUUAGACCUCCCACCAGAAAGCUCAAGACCACCUACAAGGCCUCCAAGCCCAACUUGUUCAUGUAAAACCUCUCCAAAGGUAGUAAUCGACUUGUCCUACUUUGUGAGGGAUUCAUCAAAGCUGCUCUUCUUCUUUUUUGUCUUUUUAAUUUUGCUGGUGGUAGAAUCUUGGAAGCAUAACUAUGCGGGAUAUUGUUGUUUUCGUUGCUGGAUAUUUUUGUUUAUCUUUUUUAGUUGGCACUCGUGAGACUUUAAAGAAUUCAGAUGUUCUUAGUUCUUGUUCUUAAGGCCUUAAUGCUUAAAAGAUUUCCUCAUUU